ACGCCGCCGGCUGCAUAAAGACGCUGCCGGCAGCAGCGCUGCACUCUGGGAGACACGAGGGAAACAUGCAGUCCAUCUUCUCCAGGAACGGAGCCGAGACUCCAGAACCGCUCAAAGCUCAGGUGGAAGGCUCGGUUCCUCCCUGGCUGCAGGGAACCCUGCUGAGGAACGGGCCGGGCCAGUUCUCCGUGGGCAGCUCCGAGUACAACCACUGGUUCGACGGCAUGUCGCUCCUCCACAGCUUCACCUUCAGCAACGGUGAAGUCACUUACAGAAGCAAGUUCCUGAGGAGCGACACGUACAAGAGGAACAUCGAAGCGGACCGGAUCGUGGUGUCCGAGUUUGGAACCAUGGUCUACCCGGAUGCCUGCAAAAACAUCUUCUCCAGGGCAGCGUCGCACCUCUGCAACAUCAUCCCAGACUUCACAGACAACAACCUGAUCAACAUAAUCCGCUACGGUCAGGACUACUACGCCUCCUCGGAGGUCAACUACAUCAACCAGAUCGACCCCGACACCCUGGAAACUGUCGGCAAGACCAACUACCGGAACCACAUCGCCCUGAACCUGGCGACGGCCCACCCCCACUACGACGACGAGGGCAACACCUACAACAUGGGCACGGCCAUCAUGGGCCUGGGCCGGCCCAAAUACAUCAUCUUCAAGGUGCCGGCGGACUCAGACCAGAGACAGAAGCCGGCGCUGGCGAGGGUCCAGCAGAUCUGCUCCAUCCCGUUCCGCUCCACCCUGUUCCCGGGAUACUACCACAGCUUCGGCAUGACCCAGAACUACAUCCUGUUCGUGGAGCAGCCCUUCAAACUGGACAUCGUCCGGCUGGCCACCGCAUACUUCAGGGGGGUGAACUGGGGCAGCUGCCUCAAGUACGACCAAGAUGACAUCACGUUGUUCCACGUCGUCAACAGAAAGACGGGAAAGGCUGUCUCCACCCGUUACUAUGGUGACGCCCUGGUGGUUUUCCACCACGUCAACGCCUACGAGGACGACGGCCACCUGGUGUUCGACCUGAUCGCCUACGAGGACAGCAACCUGUACGACAUGUUCUACCUGCACAACAUGAGGCAGGACAGCGACGCCUUCGUCCGGGCCAACAAGGACUACGCCCCGCCGGUCUGCAAGAGAUUCGUGCUGCCGCUCAACGUCAACAAGGAAACUCCGAAGGGACGUAACCUUGUGACUCUGAAGGACACGACGGCCGAGGCCGUGAUGCAGGAGGACGGAUCCAUCUGCUGCCAGCCCGACGUUCUCUUUGAAGGUCUGGAGCUGCCGGGGAUCAACUACAGGUUCAACGCCAGGAAGUACAGAUACUUCUACGGUUCCCGACUGGAGUGGUCUCCUCACCCCAACAAGAUCGCCAAGGUCGACAUCACCACCAGGACGCACAAGGAGUGGCACCAGGAGAACUGCUUCCCUUCAGAGCCGGUGUUCGUGGCGUCUCCAGGGGCGGAGGAGGAAGAUGAUGGGGUGAUCCUGUCGUCCGUCGUGUCCUCCGACCCCGGCACGUCUCCGUUCCUGCUGGUGCUCGACGCCCGGACGUUGGAGGAGGUGGCGCGAGCCUCCAUCCCCGCCUCCGUCCACAUGGACCUGCACGGCCUCUUCAUCCCUGCAGCUCACUGAGACCGCUUUUAUUAUUUAUUCCCUCGGACUGAACUGUUAUUGAAAGACUUCUGAAGCCAGAAAAUGUUCUAUUUUAAUAUCUUGUAAAUACUUAAAGCUGUUUAUUAUGUUUUUGUUUUAAUUAAACACCUUGAUCUGAGGACGUCUCAGUGUGGCCUGUUAUUGAAAUGCACCAGCUUUCUGUUUUAUCACAACAGUUUCAGUGACGAUCCAACUUCAGCUGCUUGGAUUCAUGUAGUACCCAGAUAGUAAUGGGAUAGUACCGGUGUCAUGCCAAAAAGUGAUUGCCUGCCAGAAUCUGAUUUCUCCCCUGAAAAUGGGUCUUUUUACCUGCCGAAAAUUGAUUGAAGGCCAAAUACAAUUAAUAAAAGGUUGUUUCUACCUAAAUAUGAUUUGAUCUCAUUCUUGAGCUUCAUAAUAUAAACACUAGAGCUCACAGGAUUGCUUUUAACUCUUUUAAAGGACCAUUACAACACAAAAUAGGCAUUUUCACCUGCCAAAAAUUGAUUGAAGGCCAAAUACAGUUAAUGAAAAGUUGUUUCUGCCUAAAUAUGACUUGAUCUCAUUCUUGAGCUUGAUAAUCUGAAAAUCUGACGUAAUCAGAAGAAAUCAGAUUCUAGCAGGAAAUCACUUUUUGGCACAACACCGGGAUAUUACCGGGAUAGUAACCAGAUAUUACCGGUGUAGCAGCCAAAAUAACAUUUUUGCUUUGCUUAAUUAUAAUGGUACUUUAAGUUUAAGUUAUGGAUAAGUUUAAAUUAUACUUAGGUUACGUCAUCACGUUGGUGCUUAAAGGUGUGGCUUUAAUUUAUUAAUUGGUUGGUUUGAUUGUGUGGGGUGGAAGACAAAAGGAAAGUGUUCAUGUAGUAGGCCGAUAUAUUUUUGGUUGACCGUCACCGUUUUGCUUCAGCCACACAAAUAUUCAUUGUUUGUUAUAUUAUUUUUGCAUUAUAAUAAUUGAUUGCUGCCUUUUGAUCUUUUUGUUACAAUAAACCUGGAUCACUUUAAGAACCAAUUCAACAGACUUUUAUUUUCCUCUUUUUGAGUGACGCGUCAGCAAGCGGGCUCAGCUGCCUUUUUUUUGUUCCUACAACCGGGAUA